CAAAGGAGGAACGAACAAGUCUUGGGUACUUACUUCUAGUCCAAAUUCGUCACACGGCGCGGGAAAAAACAAAUUUGAGCAAAAUCAAAAUCCCAAACAAACAGUAACCAUUUCUUUCUUCAUUCUCUCACCAUGGAGAGAAUUCACGUCACCGUCCGUGCAAGACCUCUCUCACCGGAAGAUGCCAAAACCACCGUAUGGAGAAUCUCCGGCAACUCCAUCUUCAUUCCCAAUCACUCCUCCAAAUUCGAAUUCGAUCAAGUAUUCAACGAGAAUUGUAAAACCUCUGAAGUAUAUGAAGCUCAAACCAAAGAUAUAGUUGCUACUGCAGUUCGUGGAUUCAACGGUACUGUUUUCGCAUAUGGACAAACUAAUAGUGGUAAGACUCAUACAAUGCGUGGAUCGAAAGCUGAGCCUGGAGUUAUUCCUCGUGCUGUACAUGAUUUAUUUCAAAUUCUCGAACAAGAUGUUGAUCGAGAGUUUCUUCUACGAAUGUCAUACAUGGAGAUUUACAAUGAAGAGAUAAAUGAUUUAUUGGCUCCUGAACAUAGAAAACUGCAGAUUCAUGAAAACAUAGAGCGGGGAAUAUAUGUUGCGGGGCUGCGAGAAGAAAUUGUUACCUCUCCUGAGCAAGUCCUUGAUCUCAUGGAGUUUGGAGAAUCUCAUAGACACAUUGGAGAGACAAAUAUGAAUUUGUACAGUAGUAGAUCCCAUACUAUUUUUCGCAUGAUAAUUGAAAGCAGAGAUCGAAAUGAAGAUGAAAGCACUGAUAGCUCUUGUGAUGCUGUUCGUGUAUCAGUGUUGAAUUUAGUGGAUCUUGCUGGUUCAGAGCGUGCUGCAAAAACUGGAGCCGAAGGUGUACGACUCAAAGAGGGUUCUCACAUAAACAAAAGCUUAAUGACUUUGGGAACCGUGAUUAAAAAAUUGAGUGAAGGCGUUGAAAGCCAAGGGGGUCAUGUUCCAUAUCGAGAUAGCAAGCUUACGCGAAUUUUGCAACCAGCAUUAGGGGGAAAUGCUAACACGGCUAUAAUCUGUAAUAUCACACUUGCUCAGAUACAUACAGAUGAAACUAAAAGUAGUCUCCAAUUCGCAAGCCGUGCUUUGCGUGUCACAAAUUGCGCUAAAGUCAACGAGAUUAUGACAGAUGCUGCUUUAUUAAAACGCCAAAAGAAGGAAAUUGAAGAUCUUCGUGCAAAAUUGACGGGUUUUCGUUCAGAGCAUUUGGAAACGGAGAUCCUGAACCUUCGAAAUACAUUGCUACAGACGGAACUAGAAAGGGAACGCAUAGCUUUGGAAUUAGAGGAGGAAAAGAAAACUCAAGCGGAAUGGGAAAAGAGAGUACAUGAGCAAGCCAAGAGAAUUGAAAACUUGAGUUCAAUGGUUUUGUUUUCAAAUAGAGACGAGAACAACAAAUAUAUUAAAAAGGAGAAGAGGCGGGAUACAUGGUGUCCUGGAAAUCUUUCGCAGACGCAUCUAAAAGAUGUGUACUCUAGCAUCGACACAGAUGCUUCUCCUGCAGAACCUAUUCGACCUAAGCUAGAAAUGGGACCACUUCUUCCUUUCAAUGAACUUAUAAAUGAAGAUGACAACGUGGAUGAUUCUUGUAAGAAAGAUGAUAAUAACGGUGAUGCAAACGACAACUUCAAUCUACCAAACCCCUGUGCUUUAUUGCAUGUAACAAACAGGAGAAAGGAUCCAUCAUGGAAGAAAUGCUUAUCUAUGCAGGAAGAUAACAAAGAUCUACAACUGCAAGCAGAAUGUGAGAAUUUUAGAGAGUCAGAGGCUAUUCUUGUUAUCAAGAAACUUCAAGAGCAGAUUAACAUUUUGGAAAUGGAAAAGUCAUCAAGCCAACAGAACCUGGAUACUGUUUUUGAUUUGGCAACUGAGCAGAACAUAAGUGCCAGGGAGAAAUUUGAUGAGCUCAAUGAAGAGCUUAGAAAAGCACGGGAGGCAGCUCGGGUGGCGAGUGAACAACUUAUUUCCAGUAAAACUGUGGGCAACGUUGAUGAUGGGAAUGUUGACUUUAUAACAAGAGUUUCCAUGGGGAUUGAAGACAUAAUGUCCGAAGUACAAAACUCAAAAGAAGCUGUUCAAAGUGCUAUUUUGAUGGUUGAUGAUGCAACUAAAAGUUUCUCUACUCUCCGUAAUAUAUUCCUUGAUUUCAGAACCUCAAUAUCUCAGGAUUCUGUAGAACAAAAAUUAAUCUUUAGUAAUCAUCAGAAGUUGAAUUCUUGCUUAAGACAAACAAUAUCCGAUCUUGAGAAUGAGAAGAUUCUUCUGGACAGCCAGUUAGCUAAUAUUCAAAAGCUUCAUCAGGAGUCAGAACUAGAUGCUCAGAGCUCCCAUAAUUCUUUGUUGGAACGGUUGGGACAACAAGAAUUGGAAAAUGGAGAGCUGAUUUCUUAUAUCCAAACUCUUGAACAAGAUAUAUCAUGUUUAACAUCAUCUUCAGUGGCCAAGGAAAAGGAAACUUUAAGAAGAGAUCUUGAGAAGACAAAAACCAGGUUGAAAGAAACUGAAUUCAAGCUUAAGAAUGCUAUGCAAGAGAAAACAAAACUUGAGGGUGAGAAAGCCUGUGCUGAACGAGAGAUCAAACGGUUGCAUGGUCAGACCUCUCUUCUUGAACGCGAUAUCAAUAAACGUGAUUCACUUGCUAGUAGAAGACGUGAUUCAACUGUUGAAAAGAGUUCAAAGAUGUUUGAUCCUCAAAAACCAAAGGGCCCUGCAUUUUCUUUGGAAGAGUACAAAAAGCUGGAAGUUUUUGCAUUUGAAUCAGAAACAAGAAUCACUUCGUUGGAAGAAGAGAUAACAGCUGCGCUGAAAGAAAAAGAAGAGAUGAUAUCUAUUAAUGAAGCUUUGAAUUCAGAACUGGAAGAUUUGACUGAAAAACUUAGUACAUCAACCUCUGAAAUAUAUGAUUUGAAGGAGGAGAUUUCAGCUCUUAAACAAAGAUUGGAAGAAUCUGAUAUCAACCAAGAAAAAUUUAAAAGCUCUAUCAAAGUAUUGGCGGAAGAAAAGGAGGAGUUGGCAAUGCAACUCACAGAUGCCCUAUUGGAAAUAGAGGAGGAAAGGGCAAUUUGGUCUGCCAAGGAGAAAGAUGCACUUCUGGCCAUAGAAGAACAAGCUAGGUCAAACAAUGAGCAACAUACAUCAUUAUCAACAGAAUUAGCAGAAGUAAGGAGGGAAUUGAAAUCCUGUAGAGAAGAAUGCAAGAUCUUCCGCGAAAGGUUGACUAUUUCAUAUGAAAAUAUGCUUGGCAAGGAAAAAUCCAGGGAAAACGUUUUAGAUUUUGAUCACAUGGAAACGAACAAUGAUACGAACAGACAAUCCCAAGAAAUAUCAAAACCCAAAUUUGAGUUGCAGUCUAUCGAGCAUAAGCUGAAUGGCUGUCCUGAGAAUGAAGAUGGAAUUCAGAGAGAGGUGCAAGCUCUUAAUAAAGGAGAUAAUCUAUCAAUUCUAAGAGAAUUAGAUACUAUGUCAGAAUUUUUUAUUGAGUUUCAGAACCUCAAGAGCAAGCUUUCCAUUGUCGCAGAGGAAAGGGACAAAUUGACGACCCGGAUGGAAGAUCAACAGAAACAUCUUGUGGAAGUGGAAUUCUUGCUAAAACAUUGCCAAGAUGAGCUAUCAGGGGCAAAGAACCAUAUUGAGGAAUUGAGUCAUAAAAUUUCCUGCAUUGAAGUCAAAAUUCACGCGGAUAAAGUUACAAACAUGAAUGAAACAGCUAAGCUUAGAAUGAGACUACGAGGAACACAAGCGAAGCUAGAUGCUUUUCGUUGUCGAUAUAAGGGAGCAAUUGAUGAAUCAGUUUCGUCCAAAAUAAAGUAUAGAGAAGCUUCAGAGAAGCUGAAAGACAUGUUGGCUUCGCAAGGAUUAGAGGUGCUCAACCUAAAGAAACAGCUAGCUGCCAAAGAACAAUAGGAAAUUUGUAUAUAUAUUUUGUCGACACAUUCAUGUUCUCUGUAAUAUUUGAAUGAAGCCACAAAUGCACUUCGAAGAACAUGAUAAUUUCUUAUACAGGAAUCAUUAUGGUUUCAACCCUUAAAACAAUGUCCAAAUCAACCACGUAUCAGUUCA